AUGGCACUGCAGUUUAUUAGCCAGAGCCCGAGCGGGAUAGGCAGCUCUGACAGGCGCAUCAUCCGCUCCCACGUUAUGCGAGGCAAGAAUGCGGGCAAGCAGCGCCGGUCCACCAAGAAACAGAAGAUUGUCGCAGAGCUCAAGCACCUCUUGUAUGCUCCAGGAUCUGGAUAUGUGAUGCCGCGACAGGUGCUCUGGGGCGACCUGUGUCUCACUUCCUUUCCUCAAGAGCUCGACUCCGAGUCCACGGCGCUCAUGCAUCGCGAUGCGCUGUUUCCGCCGCAGUUCUGUGCCAAGUUCGACAUUAUAAAGUCGAUCUGGGUCAACUACAUUCUAGCAGAUGAAGCAUAUUUUCAUAGCACCUUGGCUAUAUCCUCUUCUUACGUUAACUUCUUCCAGCGGAAACCAGCAAUAUCUCCCAAAACUCUUCACCACAUCUCACAGGCCUGCUGUGGUCAGCCUGCAACGGGUCUGGUCCAUCUCCACGGGCUCUAUCGCAUGAUUCAGCUGCGAGGUGGGAUCGCUAGGCUGAUGCAAGAGAAUCAUGCCCUGGCACUGAAGCCGUUGAGGCUUGAUGUCGAAUUAGCAAUGCAAAAUGGCACACGCACUCUGUUUCGCGGCGAUGAAGUGCCCGUUCACCCGGUCCUAUGCGAACCCGACGUCAGCAGCGGCCAGUCUCCCGGAGCUUUCCCGUGGAUGCCACUCAUCAUGCUCGAUCUGUUCAGCUUCUCAAGGCUGCUAAACGAUGUAGAGAGGAGGCAAGGACUGAAGCUUGACCCUCUAGACUAUACGGAGACACUUGUGUCGCUCCUUUAUCGCCUCGUAGAGGUCUCGUCUCUAGGUCGAGCGUCUACCGAGCCCGGAGGACAUUAUGGCGACGUGACCUACCUUGCGAUGCUGGCAUUUAUGACGACAUUGCUACUCGAAUACACUCGGGAUGGAUCUAGCUGCCCCCUUCUUUCUGAUCGUCUGGGAAGGGCCAUGCAAGACCUUUGCGUCACAGCAUCGGAGUCUUCGGACUCUGAUUCAUCAUUACUCUUAUGGAUUCUUUUUAUAAGUGGGAUAUCGGUGGUGAAUAUUAAAGACUGUCGGUGGCUAUCGCCAUUAAUUGCCGACACUUGUGAGAGGCUGGAGCUAGACAGCUGGGUUGUCAUUCAGCGGCAGCUGAGUCAGAUUCCUUGGAUCUUCGCGUUGCACGAAGCCCCAGGCUACCGCCUAUGGAAGGAUGUACGACUAGCAGAAAGAUUCCAUGGAAUAUGCCAUCACAGGAAUCAUAAUGAAAGCGGACAUUAA